GUGAUGACGUUGGGGUGGAAGCUCUGAAGGACGUUGAAGUCAUCGUGCCGCAGGCCGUCAAAGUCGGCGAUACCGUUACGCUGCAAUGCCGUUACAACUUGGAGGAGGAGCCCUUGUACACACUGAAGUGGUACAAGGGCAGCCGCGAGUUCUACAGGUACAUCCCAAAGGAGCUGCCGAGUACCCAGGUCUUCCCUUUCCAGGAUAUUGACGUGGACUUGGCCAAAUCCAAUGAGAACUCGAUCGUGUUGAGAAACCUGAAGCCUGAGCACACGGGACGAUAUAGGUGCGAGGUUUCCUCUGAUGCACCCAACUUUUACACGAUGACCGUCGAAGGAUUCAUGUAUGUUCUAGGUAAGAUUAUCUUCAGUCUACUCUACAAAUAG